UCAAACGUAAUGACGUCAGACGCACGUUCGGAAAAGAAGCGCGAGCGAAUAGGAAUCUGCUGAAAUGAGCACAGACUUUGUUUACUAAAUUUUAAUAAUUAUUUUAGUGUUUUAUAAGUGUUUAUAUCACUAUGUCGCUACUGAAGCCGUUUAGUAAGCUGCCUGGUUUGAACACAGCGAACAUUUUGCUGGUGGAGAGUGAGGAGCAAUUUCAGCAGAGUUUAGCAGACGCUCUGGUGGAGGAGACUGCCGUCACUGUGAAUGUGAGACUAGCUAAGAACCUUCCUCUGCCCAUGGAGAAUGAGGAGAGCCGUCCGAGGAUAGACCUGGUGGUGUUUAUCAUCAACCUCACCUCAGAGCUCAGUUUCCAGUCAGCAGAAACUUCCCUGAAAUAUUUGGACCCUGGAUAUUUCCUUGGAAAAGUCUGCUUCAUGGUCACCAACGCUCGGAACCCUUCGGUCCCCACAGAGCGCCUGGACGCUGUCAGAAAGAUGGCUGCAUCGCUUCACUGCCCCUUGCUAUUUGCAGAGGAUCAGACAUCAGAUGGUGUGACCAAUGCCACAGAGCGGCUGCUGACCAUCCUGAAGGUGGCAGCCGGCCUUGUUCCCAUGGCUACCGCUCUCUACCUAUCGAACCUGACUCGCUGCACCGUGCCCCCAGACAUCGACCAGCCGAGCUUCGAUUAGUUACUGUGGAUGUGUUCUCUGGAGGAAAUGUCUUGUCUGACUUUUUCAGGUAUAUAUUUAUAUGUAGUAGUCCAUUGCAACUGGACUCUAUUAGCUGAUAACACAUUUGCAUUUCUCCUGUUCAUUUUAAAAUUACAUGCUUGUGAUUUGGCUUCUAGUAGCUGCAGUUUCUGUCUUCUCCCUGCAGUUUUUUUCACAGUGGGUAAAUGUGUAAGUAAUACAAUUAAAUCUUCAGUUUCACGGUCCUGGUACUUUGCAUAUUGGCUCACUGUCAUAGCCGGGACACUGAAUAAAACAGGGCCAUUGUUAAUGUUUUAACUUAACUAACACCUGUGCUUUAUCUACUAUAGCGAGUGAAAAGGCGUCUCAGCAGCUGUCUUCUGUUUUUUCCUAUAUUUUAACCAAUAUAGUGAACUGUAACUUUUAACAGUCAUCGGAAUUACUCUCAUAUACUUACAUUAAAAGCCCAUUUUUUUAGAUGUAAUGUAUCAAGUUAAGAAGUCUGCACACCCUAAGUACAUCCACACGGGUGAUUUUAUUUAUUUUGGUUAAUUCAAUCUCUGGACUGCGUGGGUUUUUACAGUUUGUGCUUGACAGACAUCUGCCUUAUUAACAUAACUCUGCUUACCUUCAGCCUAAACAAAGGUCUGAUCAGCCAGAUUGAAAACACCUGUGUGGGUGUGCAGAGGCCUUUGAAUGACACUGUACUGUGGUAUCAACAAAUAUCAGUCUGCUUGUUGUUGCAUAUCAGGGCCAAUGAUGCUGCACGUCUUCAUUCAGAGGCACAGAAUAUUCCUGUAUUGCAUAGUGUUUAUAGUUAUAAUACAGUACAAUAUGUUUUAUAUGUAAAUACAGUGUGUGUGUGUGUGGCUGUUUUUUUUUAUCUACACGCACAUUCGAACUAUAAUGGGUAUAAUGAGUGUGUAUAAUAAACUAUUAAAUAUGUUUAUAAUCAUUAAAAGUAUUAAUUCUG